CUGAUGAUUAUUAGAAACACACAAAUUAUUAGGUUCACAAUUAGUAGAUAUCAAUUGUGAUUGCCUUAGUUUAGUUGAAAUUAUUUUUCCCAAAAAAAAAGGUUAAUUCAGACACAUUCGUGAGACCCCACUAGAUAUCAAAUUGCUUGCCAGAAAGGCUUCACAAAACUGGCUCCGCGAUUGUCGUCUUUGUCAGUAAAUGACCAAAUAUAAAAACACCUAUUUUUCCCCUGCUGUGAACUACCAUUCUUGUGCUCUGUUUUGUUCUUUCGGCCAUUUUCACAAACACCUUCUGGGUUGCAGAAAGCUAUGCCAUAUUGCCAUGGCCAGGCCGCAAAAGCGCUACCGUGGUGUAAGACAAAGGCAUUGGGGCUCUUGGGUUUCUGAAAUUCGUCAUCCUUUAUUGAAAACAAGAAUUUGGCUGGGGACAUUUGAAACCGCGGAGGAUGCAGCGAGAGCUUAUGAUGAAGCUGCAAGAUUAAUGUGUGGCCCAAAAGCAAGAACGAAUUUCCCCUUCAAUCCAAAUGCAAUUCAGUCGUCGAGUUCGAGGAUUUUAUCGGCUAAUUUGACUGCCAAAUUGCAUAGGUGUUAUAUGGCUUCUUUGCAGAUUAGUAACCAAGUUUCAGGGGAGUUUAAAAGAGACGUUACGGCGCCGUUUCCGGAACCGGCGCCGCUGCCUUGUGGCGGAGUGGCGAGUUCGGUGGUGGAGGAGAUUGGGACGUUGGUGGAGCAAGGGCCGUGUGCGGCGGAUUGGAUGGUGAGAAGCGUGAAAAUAGAAAGUGAAUUUGGGGAAUUGAAAUUGUUGGAAGAUGAUCACAUUGAACAAAUGAUUGAGGAGCUUCGUUAUUACGGAUCCAUGGAGUUUUGUUUGUGAUCCAAUUGAGAUUUAUAAAUUGUAAAUUAUAGGUUUUAAAUCGUUUUUUCUCUUAAGCUAUCAAACAAUUUUGUCAUACAAUGUUUAUUUUCUUUGGAACCAAUGCAUCUAUCUUUAAUUUGUU